CACUGAUGGGACGCUGACGGCGGUGGGCGGGCGCAGAUAAGAAAAUUAUAAGGUCAUUUGAAUUACGCCUGCUAGCGAGCUUAUCGGCUACAAUGAACCCAUAAAUGAUAUCAAUGAUUGUGACAAUGAACGGAUGAUGAUCACGGGGUCAACGUCGACGCGCACAGUCAGGCGAAUUUGACUCCACCAGAGGAGAAGCAGCAGCUCUUUGUGGCGUUACAACAAGAGGGGAUCCCGGUGCGUGUGUCUGUGUCUCUGUGUGCGUUUCUGUGAGCCUCUGUCAAGCCAAGCGAGCGGCGGAGAGGGCGACCAGGCUAGCCUGUAAGCCGAUCAAAGCGGAAUCGCGCACAACGAGUUUCACUUCUGGGAUUUCUGCGCACCUACAUGCUGUGACGGUGUGAACGAGGUGCAAGGAUGAUGCGUCUAGGGUGUUCCACAGCCCUGCUGUUUGUGUUGAGGCUGCUAGUGGGCUUGCCUUGGUUCCAGGUUCUCCCGGCCAUCCUGAUCUUCUACCUGGGAAGUGGAGGAUGGAGCUUCCUGCAGAUCUUUGCCAAAACAAUUGGCAGAGACUUACAUGCGGCAGGAGUGCUAUUGCGGGUGAAGAUGAAUGUCAGACGCCACCUCAGAGAAAAGAACACCAUUCCCAAGAUCUUUGCUGAAACAGUGCACCGCCACGGGGACAAAACGGCACUUAUCUUCGAGGGGACUGGGGAGAGGUGGACCUUCCAUCAGUUGGAUGAGUACUCCAACAGAGUGGCCAACAUGCUGCUGGAACGGGGUUUUAAGGAUGGUGACGUGGUGGCCCUUUUCAUGGAGAACAGGUCCCAGUACGUGGGCCUCUGGCUGGGCAUGGCCAAGAUCGGAGUAGAGGCCGCUCUAAUCAACUUCAAUUUGAGACUAGAGGCCUUGGUCCACUGUGUCACCAUCUCCAAUGCCAAGGCUGUGAUGUUUGGCUCGGAGCUGAAUGAUGCGGUGUCUGAGGUCCACAGUUUAAUGGGAAAGGAGGUGCAGAUGUUUUGCUCAGGAGACUGGGACCCCAAACGGGUUCCGCGGGGAACCGAAAGCCUAGAGCCCCUGCUGGAUGCUGCCCCGUCUCACCUGCCAAGCCGGCCGCAACGCUGCUUCACAGAUCGCCUGUUUUACAUCUACACGUCAGGAACCACUGGGAUGCCUAAAGCUGCUAUCGUUGUGCACAGCAGGUACUACCGCAUGGCAGCCUUGGUAUAUUAUGGCUUUAGGAUGACUUCAGAUGAUGUGUUGUAUGAUUGCCUUCCGCUCUACCACUCUGCAGGUAACAUUGUGGGAGUGGGCCAGUGUAUAAUACAUGGCAUGACUGUAGUCAUCAGAAAGAAGUUCUCUGCGUCACGUUUCUGGGACGACUGUGCCAAAUACAACUGCACUAUUGUGCAGUACAUUGGUGAGAUCUGCCGAUACCUGCUGAACCAGCCGGUUCGGGACAUGGAGAAACAACAUCGGGUGCGCAUGGCAAUGGGCAAUGGCCUGCGCCAGUCCAUAUGGGAGGAGUUCAUGAAGCGCUUCAAUAUCCCACAGAUUGCAGAGUUCUACGGAGCAACAGAGUGCAACUGCAGCCUCGGCAACUUUGAUAACAAGAUUGGAGCGUGUGGCUUCAACAGUCGGAUUCUACCCUUCAUCUACCCCAUCAGACUAGUGAGGGUGGAUGAGGAGACCAUGGAGCUCAUCAGGGGACCUGAUGGUGUCUGUAUUCCCUGUAAACCUGGUGAGCCUGGGCAGCUAGUCGGCAGGAUCAUUCAGAAUGACCCUCUUCGGAGGUUUGAUGGUUAUGUCAACCAAUCCGCAACCAGCAAGAAGAUUGCUCAUAGUGUCUUCAAGAAGGGAGACACUGCCUAUCUCUCUGGUGAUGUGUUGAUCAUGGAUGAUUGUGGCCACAUGUUCUUCAAGGACCGCACAGGAGACACUUUCCGCUGGAAAGGAGAGAACGUCUCAACGACUGAGGUGGAGGGAACUCUCAGCAGGCUGCUAGACAUGAAAGAUGUAGUUGUCUAUGGAGUGGAAGUACCAGGAGCAGAGGGAAAAGCUGGAAUGGCAGCCAUCGCUGAUCCGUCUCACUCCACUGACCUGGAGAAGCUUGUGAAAGACAUGGAGAAAGCUCUCCCGCCGUACGCCAGGCCUGUAUUCCUCCGCUUCCUUCCGGAGGUCAACAAGACAGGAACAUUUAAGUUUCAGAAGACGGACUUGCGUCGGGACAGCUUUGACCCCAGUGCGGUGUCAGACAGACUGUACUUCAUGGAUUCCAGAAGAGGGUGUUAUGUGCAGCUGGACGAGGACCUUUACCGUUCCAUACUGUCUGGGAAACACAAAUUGUGAUUAGCAGGCUGACCACUACAUCUACACAUGUACACAUAAAUACACACAUACAGAUACAGAAAAGAAGACAUUAUUAUGUGACCAGAAUGCAGGGCCUUGUCUCCAUAUACAAAAAUACAUAUAAAGUGAUAGCCAUACACACUCCUUAUACCCACACUCAAACGGCAACAUAGAUUUACACACACACACACACACACACACACACAUUGUAUUCUCAAAACCACUUUGCUCUUUAAAAUCCCUAAAAGCAGACUUAUGCACGCCACACACACACACACACACACACACACACACACAGCACCACUCCAUCCAUCCAUCCUUCACCGGCAACUCCUCUCGCUACCUCAGCAAAUGCAGAGAGAGGCACAAAACUAGUAACCAGGUCUAUUUGGUAACCUGAAACCACCCUUCAUAGCCACAGUAUCCCUGCCCACACAGGCCUCAAACAGCCACGCCUGUCCAUCCUGGUCCAUCAAACCACAUGUUGCUGGGGGACACAACUGGAAGGGAUGCGGAGUACAGGCGGCCUGGCAUCCAGAAUGCAAAAACUUAAAACUACAGAUAUCCACAGACUUAAAGGAUGCUGAGAAGGAACAUGGAUUAUUUAGUACAAAAAGUGUGUGAGGGACCUAUGAGGACAUAAACUGUCUCUCGGUUCGUUGUUUCGUCAGCGAGAUUGUUUUGUAAAAGACUGGAGGCUCUACCGUCGACUUCACCUGCACAAUUAGCCAGCAGUGACAAACCUGUGUGAAAACUACAGCUUUCCUCUGAGGUUAACUUUCCGUCACCUCUCUGGUCUCCUUGUCUUCAUUUCCACCCUCACUCUACAGAGCUUGAGAUGAAAAUGACAAAAGUUUCUUUUCUUUUUUUUUUCUUUUUUCUUUUUUUUUUUUUAAAGGGAAAAAAAUAAGGAUCUUAGGGAUUUUGGAAAGCCUUUGACAUGUAACCAACGGUUACAGAAGUUAAAUUGGACCAGUGGUUGAAGCUGAAAGAUCUACUAAAGUGCAAAGGCCAGUAUUUGCAGUGAAAUAAUCAGCCUCACCACAUGAGAGCUGAUACAAAACAAAGCUUUUUAUUUAAAUAUGUCUGCAUCACACCAAAUAUAUUUAAGUUUUAGUCUUCGUUUACA